AUGAUGCGUGAGGUGAUGCCAACCAUCAGUGAAGCCGAAGGCUCCCCAGGAGGAAGUGGGAGCCAUGCGUCCGGCUCCCCUUCACAGGCAGACGCAGAUUCACAUAUAGAACAGUUGAUCGUCUCCAUGCUAGAAGAAAGGGACCGACUUCUUGACACUCUUAGAGAGACUCAAGAAAUGCUGGCAUUAACCCAGGGGAAAUUACACGAUGUUGGUCUUGAAAGAGAUUCCUUGCAGAGACAGCUCAAAACUGCACUAUCACAGGAGUUUGCUGCACUUAUGAAGGAACUGAAUGUAUGCAGGGAGGAGCUCCUUGAAAGGGAAGGAGAAAUUGCUGAACUGAAAGCAGAAAGGAACAACACCAGGCUGCUUUUAGAACAUCUGGAAUGCCUUGUCUCUAGGCACGAGAGGUCUCUCAGGAUGACCGUGGUGAAGAGACAGGCACAGUCCCCAGCACGUGUGUCCAGCGAAGUCGAAGUGCUCAAAGCACUGAAGUCAUUGUUUGAGCACCACAAAACUCUGGAUGAAAAGCUGAGAGAGAGAUUACGAGUAGCACUUGAAAGGUGUGGUUUGUUAGAAGAAGAAUUAGGUGCCACACAUAAAGAGCUAAAGAUUCUUAAAGAACAGAAUAAGCAGAAAAAAUCACUAACAGAUGGAGCACUUGACAUGAACCAUGAACAAGAAAAUACCCCGAGCAUGAAUGGAAAGAGAUCUUCUGAUGGUUCGUUAAGCCACGAGGAGGACCUUGCUAAAAUAAUAGAGCUCCAGGAAGUCAUAGACAAGCAAUUGAGGGAGCAGAGCCAAAUGAAAGAGCAACUGGCCGCCCUCUCCAGUCACGUGGCAGAGCUGGAGGAAGAUCUCUACACGGCCAGGGAAGACUUGAUCAAAUCUGAGGAGAUGAAUAUGAAAUUGCAAAGGGAUAUUCGUGAAGCCAUUCGAAAAGCCAUGGUCCAAAAGGAAGACAUGGAAGAGAGCAUCACUACUCUUGAAAAAUGCUACCUCGCUGCACAGCGUGAAGCCAUGUCUGUGCAUGACCUCAAUGAUAAACUUGAAAAUGAAAUUGCAAACAAAGAUUCUAUGCAUCGCCAGACUGAGGAUAAAAACCGCCAGUUACAGGAACGGCUGGAAUUAAUGGAGCAAAAGCUGCAGCAGACCAUGAGGAAAGCCGAGACACUCCCAGAGGUGGAGGCGGAGCUGGCCCAGAGGGUGGCAGCGCUCUCGAAGGCUGAAGAGAGACAGGGCAACACUGAAGAAAGGUUAAGACAGAUGGAGGCGCAGCUGGAGGAAAAGAACCAAGAACUGCAGCGGGCAAGGCAGAGAGAAAAAAUGAAUGAAGAGCAUAAUAAAUGUUUAUCAGACACUGUUGACAAGCUUCUUUCAGAAUCUAAUGAGAGGCUCCAGCUUCAUCUGAAAGAGAGAAUGGCUGCUCUAGAAGAAAAGAAUUCUCUGUUAGGAGAAGUUGAAAAUGCAAAAAAGCAAUUGGAAGAUACACAACAUGAUAAGGAUCAGCUCGUCUUAAUCAUUGAAGCAUUGAGGGCUGAACUAGACCAAAUGAGACUAAGAGGUGCUUCACUUCAUCAUGGCCGACCCCACUUGGGCAGUGUCCCAGAUUUCAGGUGCCUUGUGGCAGACAGUCACACAGAUUCCUACAGCACCAGUGCAGUGUUGCAGCGCCCCCAGAAAGGCCGCCUAGCUGCUCUACGGGAUGAGCCUUCCAAGGUACAAACUCUUAAUGAAGAGGAUUGGGAACGUGCCCAACAGGCUAGUGUCUUAGCAAAUGCAGCACAAGCUUUUGAGAGCGAUGUCGAUGUGUCUGAUGGUGAAGAUGAGGACGCCAUGGACGUGAGAAACUCGACAGGCUCCCAGGACUGUCCCGUGAGCAAUCCCAGCAGUAGUAACAGCAGCCAGGACUCGCGCCACAAAGCCCCAAAGAAGAAGGGCAUCAAGUCCUCUAUCAGCCGCUUGUUUGUCAAGAAAGAAAAAGGCCGACCUGGACAAGCUGGCAAAGAAUCAUUAGGACACCCUGGUAUUUCAGAGACAGAUAAUGCAUCUCAAGAUGCCUUGUCACUGAGCAAAUUGGGAGGACAGGCUGAAAAAAGUCGUAAACUUCCAAAAAAGCAUGAAUUGCUCGAUGAAGCCCGAAGACAAGGUUUGCCUUUUGCCCAGUGGGAUGGGCAGACCAUAGUUGUGUGGUUGGAGCUCUGGGUGGGGAUGCCCGCCUGGUAUGUGGCUGCCUGCCGAGCCAACGUGAAGAGCGGGGCCAUCAUGUCAACCCUGUCGGACACCGAGAUGAAGCGUGAGAUCGGCAUCAGCAACCCCCUGCAUAGGCUGAAGCUGAGGCUGGCCAUCCAAGAGAUCAUGUCUCUUACCAGCCCGUCCGCCCCUCCCACGUCGCGAACGACACUCACAUAUGGGGACAUGAACCACGAGUGGAUUGGGAACGAGUGGCUGCCCAGCCUGGGCCUCCCUCAGUACUGCAGCUACUUCAUGCAGUGCCUGGUGGACGCCAGGAUGCUGGACCACCUGACCAAGAAGGACCUCCGCGGGCAGCUGAAAGUGGUCGACGGUUUCCACAGAAACAGUUUCCAGUGUGGAAUGAUGUGCCUGAGAAGAUUAAACUAUGACCGAAAAGAACUGGAAAGAAAAAGAGAAGAAAGUCAGAAUGAAGUAAAAGAUGUGCUUGUUUGGAGCAAUGAUCGAGUGAUUCGCUGGAUCCUGUCAAUUGGCCUUAAAGAAUAUGCAAACAAUCUUUUAGGGAGUGGCGUUCACGGUGCCCUUCUGGCCUUAGAUGAAACCUUUGACUUCAACGCACUGGCGCUAUUGUUACGGAUCCCAACGCGGAAUACACAGGCUCGUGCUGUCUUGCAAAGAGAAUUUAACAACCUUUUGGUCAUGGGGACUGACAGAAGUUUUGAUGAAGACGAUGAUAAAAGCUUUAGGAGAGGACCUUCAUGGAGAAAAAAAUUUAGACCAAAGGACAUUCGUGGCUUAGCUGCUGCAUCAGCAGGGACUCUCUCUGCAAACUUGCAAGUUACUUCUUCUAUGUCUUCACCCUCCACGCAGCCAAAGAAGAUGCAGAUGGACGGCAGUGUGUCAGGAACACAGAGGUUGGAUUCUCCCACAGUCAGGAUUUACUCCUGCUAA